AGCCGUGAGCGAGUGACGUAAAGAAGAAGCGAGCGGAAGUUGUCAUCAGGCGAGUCGUUUUCAAACCUCGUUACCGGUUGUUUGUCUUGAUACGGCCAGUCUUCACCUCUGUGUUUGAACUGGACAACAUUAUGGACAGGCUGGAGUUUACAGAAGAAGAGAUCGAGGAGCAGCUGGCUCUUCUUGGUUAUAAAAACAUCCCCAAACACAGGUUACAUGAGUUUAAGACAGAUCUUAAAGAGCUCGUACAACAUGGACAGUGGGAAAACGUGGCCCCUGCAACUGAUCUAAUGAACACCACGACUCAAAGUCCUCCUGCGUACGUCAAAGAGAAAGUAAGAGCCUGUUACAUCCAAGGUCCUGGGGAACCAUUUUUCUUAUCGGCACAAACAACGACCCGUGACAGAAAGGAAACAGAAAGGAAAGUCUCUUGUCUGUGAUGAAUCAGUCUACAGUGAAAGCUCAGAUGUAACGAGCCGUUUGGAAGAGCAAAUGUCAGACCUGGAUUUAUGCACAGCAGCCCAGGAGGACUUCGAUGCAGAGAGUGAAUAUGUUACCGAUCAGAGUGAAACCCAGAGCUCCGACACCGAUGGAGUCUCUUCGAGUGCCUUUAAAUCCUAUAUCAGAAGCAUGACUCGAUCUCGAAGUGAUGGCGAUAUUAGACCCAAGCCCAAAUCCUUCAUCCGACCAGUAAUGAGCCAACAGACCAUAAAGAAGACUGAUCCAGUCACCAAGUAUUUCCAGUACAAGCAGAUGUGGGAAAUGUUUAAACUUCCUGGGGAAAGUGACAGGAAGGCUCUCCGCUGGGAGAUAAAGGAAAGACUUGCAUACCAACCUCCUCCUCCUAAACCUGGGAGGGUUUACCUGCCCAACACCUACACUGUGCCCACAGAGAAGAAACGCUCGGCACUUCGCUGGCAGAUCAGGAACGAUUUGGCCAACCGUCUCCUUCCACACACAUUUAAUCAUCACUUUUAGACUUCUGCAUUUUUUUAAGUAACUUUGAAUGAAAUUGUACAUUUUUUUACACCUUUUUUAAGCAUUUGCCUUUUUAUUGUGACACAAUAAAGGACUUUGGAUGUACA